AUGAUCUUGCACAACAGAUUCGCACAGUUAGAAGUCCAUACAAACCCCAUACAUGACGAUAGCGCUCAGGCAUAUCACGCCGGCUUCAUAGAGGGCUACCUGACCGCUGAUCUCAUGGCAAUGCAUUGGAGAAAUCAAAUUGAACUCUAUUGCGAUAAUCAAGAAAAGUAUUGCAGAAAACUGUUUAAAUUCUUGGAUAAGAAUCUGAAUGUAACACAAGAAAGGGCGAGAUCUGAGCGAAAUGUGAGCGCAUAUUGGCAUCAAAUCGGACUCGUUUUGGAGCAAUUGACUGGACUUCAAGACGGCUAUAAUGUCAAACUCUGGGCACACAUACCCGACAGACCCAGAAUGCAAGUCGACUCCCGAGGACUUAUAGCACUCACUAUAAUACCAGAGUUGAAUGAAUUUGAGUUAAUGUUAAACAAGACAAUUAAGUCGAAAGGACGCGACGGUUCCUGUUCUGCAAUUGUAAAGCCAUUGGCCGACGGAAGCGACUUAUAUGUGGCCCACAAUACGUGGGUUUGGUAUAGUAUGAUGUUAAGGGUAUUCAAGAAAUAUGAACUCAAUUACCGCAGAGUCGGUGAGAGUGAUGAGAUAAUACCCGGAAGAAUCUCUGCCUUCUCUUCAUACCCUGGCGCUCUAACAUCUAUAGACGAUUUCUAUAUCCUCUCAUCGGGACUUGUAGUCCAAGAAACCUCGAUAACCAAUAUUAAUACCGAACUGUGGACUAGGAUUCGAGCCGAGAGUAUAGUUCUGGAGUUCAUAAGGAAUUUAGUGGCCAAUCGUUUGGCUGAAUCGGGCAACGAGUGGUCACAGAUAUUCGAGGAAUACAAUAGCGGCACAUAUAAUGACCAGUUUAUGGUCGUUGAUUACAAGCGGUUUAGUGUCGACACUAAACCCCAGGACUUGGGCCCAGACGUGCUCUGGGUUUUGGAGCAAAUGCCGUCUCUCAUCAAGUCUGCAGACCUAACAGAUAUCCUGCGAAGUCAAGGAUACUGGGCCUCUUACAACGUUCCCUUUUUUGAGCAAAUAUUUAAUAUAAGCGGAUAUAAUAGACUCGAAGAGCUUUAUGGAGAUUACUAUUCGUAUAACAAAACGGCGAGAGCUCUCAUCUUCAGGAGAGACCAAUCUAAAGUGAGAGAUUUGACAACAAUUUACAGUCUUAUGAGAUAUAAUGACUACGAAAACGAUUCGCUCAGCCGUUGCGAUUGUAGGCCUCCCUAUACCUCUGAAUACGCCAUCGCCGCCCGCAAUGACCUCAACGACCCCAACGGCACCUACCCUUUCGAGGCGCUCGGGUUCAGGGAUUGGGGCGCUAUUGACGUGAAGAUCACCACAAAAGAAAUGGCGAAAAGCUUUGAAAUGUUAGUCGUUAGCAGUCCUUCCUAUGAAAAGCAUCAGCCGUUCCAGUGGUCGACCACCAAGUUAUCCAAAACCAUCAGACAUGAGGGACAUCCAGACAAGUGGGCGUUCGGUCCCUAUUUCAUCAAAUGGUAUCCGUUUGAGAGUGAGAUCGCUGGGGUCACCAUCGCUGAGUCGCCGGCCCUGUAA